CUAAAAAUGGUAGCAGAUACUAUCAUAAUUGAUUCCCGACCAACAUUGCUGCCGCCUUUCCCCGUUGCCACCCGUUGAGGCUUUUUAAUGUCGUCGUUCACUUAAAAACAUGAUCUUGCCGUCAUUUUUUGGACGCGAAGAAAUAACAAUGAAUGUACUUCGAACUAACACUCUCCAAUUACUUGUUCUCUGUGCGUAAUAUUAAACCAAGAGAUUUCACUUUAUUUCUGGCCGAACUUUGCAAUGGAUGCUGUCAAAAAGCUAUUGGGUUGCACAUGUUCAGUGCUUGUACUUUAUUAUGUCAUCGCGUUCGGAUAUCGCCUUUUGUUUCACCCUCUUCGAAAAUAUCCUGGGCCUUUUAUUGCCAAGCUCACAGAAGUGUACGGUGGGUUCUUUGCGCUAACGAAAAGCCUCCAUAUUGAGACAUAUAAAAGCCACUUAAAAUAUGGUCCUGUCGUGAGGCAAGCUCCCAACCGGCUCGUUUUCAAUUCAGCUACAGCCUUACAAGCCAUCUACAAAAAUGACCUACUCGCGAAGUCUUACGUCUAUUCUGCUGCUCAACCUGACCAACAUAACAUUUUCACGACGACAAGCAAGGCCGAGCAUCGCCCUAAGAGAAGACUAGUCAGCCAAGUUCUCUCGGACCAGUCAAUGAGGUCAUUCGAACCGACUCUACUUGCACAGAUCGAUGUAUUCCUAAAAAUGCUGUUACAGUCGAACGAAGUCCCUGUAAACAUGUCGCCCACCUUCCGAUUCCUUGGUUUCAACAUUGCGGGACUCCUUGGUUUUGGCUAUGACCUUCAUUUACAGACCGAUGACACCUAUCGAUACUUAGCUGAUGCAAUAACAUUAGGAAGCUAUCGUGUUAAUGCUUGCAUGCAAUUCGCAUUCUUAGCAAGUUUGAAGCCUGGGAGAAUCUUGGGUUUGUUUCCAAACAGUCUCCAUACCAGACUGUUUGACAUGAUCAGAACGAUGGUUUCGUCAAGACUCGCGCAACCAAUAGAUGCUCAGCACGAUUUACUGGCUACCUUCCAUAAGCAAUCCAAGAGCGACAACCAGGAAAUGAAGCUUAACGAUAUUUGGAACGAAGGUUUCUUAUUGUUUGGGGCUGGUGGCGACACAACCGCGUCGACGUUAUCUGCCGCCUUUUUUUACCUUUCGCGGAAUGAAGAGUGCUACCAAAAGCUUUCUGAAGAGAUACGAUCCACUUUCAACUCCGGCUCCGAGAUCCGUGGUGGACCACGUCUUACUGGAUGUCGGUAUCUUCGCGCGUGCAUCGAUGAGACACUGCGCAUGUCACCACCUAUCCCAGGGACCUUGUGGCGCGAACCUCAGAUUGAUAGUAAACAGCGACCGGUCAUUGUCGACGGACAUGUCAUUCCGCCUGGUACACAGAUUGGUGUGAACAUCUACAGCCUCCACCACAACGAAAAGUACUUCCCCGAUGCGUUCAAAUUCCAACCAGAACGAUGGCUCGAAGGUAGCAAGAAUGCAUCGCAUGAAGCGAUGACCCCUUUCUCGAUCGGGCCCCGUGGUUGCGCGGGAAAAGCAUUGUCCUAUCUUGAAAUAAGCUUGGUUCUGGCGAAGGUAUUCUGGUACUUUGACUUUGAAACGGCGUCAGGCGAUAUAAAAGAAAAGGGCUUGAAGAUCUCCGAGAACGAGUUUCCUACAUAUGACAAUUUCUCCCUACAGCAUGAUGGUCCACAUUUGGUGUAUCGUCCCCGCGAUAGCGCCAAAUUAGACCUAAUCGCGGAAUAGGGGUAAAUCGACAGACUCUCAAUUGGAAUAAAAGGCAUUAACCAAAGCUUUCUAUGAAGCUAUCCAAAUCAAUUCAAUC